ACUAAUCUCAGUCGUCCGCUCGCUAAUCUCGUCCGCUCGCGCCAAGGUGCGCCGGAUCCCGCCCGCUCGACGCCCGAUAAUCACGCGUCCCAGUCUUCCGCCGCGGCAAUCUACCGCCCGCCCAUCGCCGUUCCAGCGUCGCGCGUCCCUCGCCCCAAUCAAUCGCCCGCGCCCCACCGCCGCUUUAUCUCCGGCACGCCGCGCCAUCACGUCGUCGCCGGCCUCACGUUGCCGCUCCCCCACCGCGGACGCUCGCUUGCAGGUGCUAUCACGUCGUCACCAGCCACGCCGCGCCAUCACGCCGCCGCCGGCCACGCUGCCUCAUCACGCCGCCGUCGCGCCAUCAAGUUGUCACCAGCCUCGGCCUCCGCGGGCCCGCUCGCUUGAAGGUGCUACGAGCGUUGUCUUCUGCCGACGCCCACAAGGUGUUCGUCGAUUUGCCACGGUGAUUUUGAAAGCUUCUAGACACCUGAUUAGAAAUCUUCUUCGUUUAAAUCAGUAUAUUUGUUCUUACAAUUCCUUGUCAUUCACGCGGAGGGGCAAGGGAAUUAUUAGCUUUGCUGUAUCUAUUUGUUUGCAUGAGUUACAUUGCUGGGAUACAGGAUGAGAGGUCGCUCUACCUAGAUCCCCAUGAAGUUCAGAUGGUAAAACUGCAUCCUUAUUUAUACUUAUUUAGCAUGAUGGAGGAUCUGUAGUUUUGUACUUAAGUGAGUAAGUAAUAUACUCCAUAUCAAGUAUGAAACACAAGCACAAUAUGACCUUUCUUUUAUAUGCGGAUGCGAAUAGAUUUCUAAAAGUCACAGAGAUAAUUGGCACCUUUCAAGAUUCAACUGAGAUUCAUGCUCGCGCUGGAAGACAAUAGUGACAUUUCUAUUAUGCCCAUUCAUACUUGUUAUAGUAUAUUAGGCAACUCCGGAUAUGGUUAGUUUAGGAUUGAUUGUAAUCCCGGAAUAACCUUUCUUAUCUCUAGGAGAGGCUACUUGCCCUCCAAGCCAUGUACUCCUGUAUAUAUGGGUGGGCAUUCGGGUAACCCGAAAAUUUCGGGUCGGGUUUUUCGGGUUUUCAAAAAUUCGGGUUUUCAAAAUUCAAACUCGAAAUUUAUCAUGAAAAAAUAAUACCCGACAAUUCGGGUACUCGACAUUUCGGGUUCGGGUUCGGGUAUUCCCGAAAUACCCGAGAAACACAAUGGAGCUCGGAUCGAGCGCUUAUUGCGAACGGAUCUGCGCGUGCGUUAAGGCAUCCGCGGAGCUGGAACAUGCGGGGGAAAACCAGUUGUGGAGUUCCCAACCUGGACGCCGCCGCCCGCCGUUGCUGCCGAGGUUGACCCGCUUGCUGCCGUGGAACUUGCAGGCGUCGAACGCAGCUGCCGAACGUGGAGCAUGCACUUGCCGUCGAGGGAGACCAACAUGCGUUGUCCAACCGCUCCUCCCGGCCGGCCCUUUUCCUUGCUGCGACUCUGGUCGAGAGAAAUGUGGAGACUAGAGAGGGAGGGAGAGAGAGAGAUCUGAGAGAGGGGAGAGAUCGAGAGAGAGGCAAGAUAUUUUCCUAGCCUUCCACGAGAGGUGAAUGGAGGUCGAAGGGGAUAAGGAUCAUAGUGCAGGUGAGUGCUUGGCUUGGUGGGCCAUGAAGAAAAAUGGUAAUGGGCUGGUUGUAGUUGGGCUGUAAUUGCAUGAACUUUAGCAUUUAUGUAUGACUUCUAUAAUUUCGGAUUUUUUCGGGUAGUUCGGGUACCGGGGUGUUGGUGGAGAGUGCCUCCGGAACGGAUGAACACUACAACAGUAAGGAAAGAACACACCAAGCGAAGCGGACAAACUUUGGAUCGAAAUUGGAGGCUUCGAUCAAGCAAUCAGAAUUCUCUCUCCCUUUUCCCCGUACCCCAUCAAUGUACAGGGGUCGGGUAUUUAUAGGUGACGGUCCACCUACCACCCUCCGUUAUUACACCGGAAUGCCCCCAAACAACUAUAUUCCCAGAAUAUUCCAGGGACACAACCGUAUUUUUACAUCAUUUAGUAGAUUACAUCCAGGCCCUUGCUGCCCACUGGGCCCAGGCUCACACAUCAUCACUCGGUAAACAAAAUCCCUUCGUGGGUUCCGGAGCGUUUGCUCCCCGACGCCUUUCUUUGUUGGUCUUCGACUUCGCCAUUGGCGGAUUGGUCUUCGUCGUCGGCGCCUUGGUCUUCGCCUCUCUUCGCUAGCCUUUAUCUUCGCCGUCGGCGCCUUGGUCUUCGGCGCUCUUCGCUAGCCUUCAUCUUCGCCGUCGACACCUUGGUCUUCGGCGCUCUUCGCUAGCCUUCAUCUUCGCCACCGGCGCCUUGGUCUUCGGCACUCUUCGCCUUGCCGAGCCGGUAGAAGACCUUGUCGUUGCAUCCAGAUUGUCCGCAGGCCUUCGGUCGAUGGCCGAAGGUGGCGUCCCCAACAGUAGCCCCUCGGAGUCGUUGUCCAUCCUUGGAGGGGCAAUGACUUCGACUUCUUCUCCCGAAGCGCCACCCUUCGGGCCUCGACCGUUCGCUUCGCGGUCUGGCGAGGCCUGAGUCUUGAAUUUCAUGCUAAUCAAUGGGACAAAUAUCGAGGCGUCAUAGGUGCAUUUAUGAAUAUAUUUAAAAAGAUUUGACUUUUUCCUUUGAUGCGGUUAACGAGGCGCCUGAAUGCGAAAUGCCGACGCAGCCCUUCCGCGCGCACUCGCCCUUCAAUAGAUAUGGAGGGCAAAAAGGUCUUUGCGCAUCCUCGCCCCCCUAUAAACGUGAGAGCGCGCGGGCGGGGGAGGCACGCUCCCACUGCUCUCCUGUUCUGAACGCUUUCCUUUCUCCUGCCUCGACGCCUCUUCGAUGCGAUCUAGCGCGGCUUCAGCCUUCCUCCCUUCACCAGCACCACGGCAAGCUCCCUUGGUCUUGAAAUGGCUCCGAAGAAGAACAAGUUUCCACCUACCACUUUCUUCGGUUCGACUAAAAUGACCUUGGCCAUGUUGGAAGACAUGGAGAAGAGAGGGGUUCUCUCUCCUGGCCCCGGGAAGACGAGGUGGUCGUCUUCAAGGACUUCUUUCUAGGUGGGCUUCGCUUCCCCCUCGACCCCGCUGUCGUCGACAUCUUCGUACGGUACGGCAUUUUUCUUCACCAAAUGAUGUCGAAUUCCUUCGCUCGGAUCAACCUCUUCAUGUGGCUGUCAAAGACGUGCCGCCUCGCUCCCACUCCUGAUAAUUUCGCUCGAGUGAUGCGAGUACACUAUCAACCGAAGACUAUCUCCGUCCGAGGAUCCGACGGGAAAUCGACGGAGAUGGAGCCCCAGUACGGGUGCUACACCUUUGCGUUCCAGCAGACCGCCCCAAGCCUCGUGGGGGCAUCGAAGAACAAGUGGCCUGGGGACUGGUCUUCGUUCUGGUUUUACCACAAGGUUCCUCUCGACCCGGAGACGAAGCACCACCCUCUUUUUGUCCGGAAGCUUGGCAACUUGGGCGACACCCCAAAGGUGGACGUGGCCCGCAUCCCUGCCAACGAAGCAUACCUGGGCAUCUUUCACGGGGUGUCGAAAGUGCUUAGCAUGCGGGAUAUCAUUGAGGAGUUCGUCGCAUGCAGUUGUUUCCCUGUGAGGAAAAACUGGACCGUGUCAUCCUAGGCCCCGUCGGAGAAGGAAUUUUACGGGCUGCCAAUGCCCAACUUCAGCGAAGUCUUCGGACUUCAAAAAGAACAUUAGUUUUUUUUUCGAAGGCCUUAUAACUUCUGUCUUCGGCCUGUAGAAAUUGAUGCCGUAGAGGUGGAGGCCCGCACCGACUAAAUCCUUGGUCCCGUAUUUGGGUCCGAGUAUGAUCUGCUGCAGACGAAGCUUGGUGGCACGCGGGGCAACCUGGUUUUCUCGUUCUUUGAGAUCGAGGCCCCGCAGCGCUCCGCCGAAGCCCAAAUUGCCACUCAGAAGCCGGCGGCCACAGCCGGAGGCGCGGGCGGCGCCACCGCUGUGCUUGAGAAAAAGAAGAGGAAGAAAGGUGGUUCUGGCCCUGGUGGCGCGAAGCGCACGAAGCUUCUCGACUUCCUUUCUUCGUCGCCCCUUCGCAGUGCUGGGGAAUCUGAGGAUGACAGGGGUAAGGGGAGCCCCGUCGUUGCCACUUUGCAUCCAAUUGCCGCUCGGCCUAUCACGGUUGCCGCUCCAGCGCUGAAGGCCCCGCUGGCUCUGGAGUACAGCGCCAUGGAGCCAGACAGCAAUGACAAACUUGCCCUCGACAUCCAAUCUGCCUUCGCAACCGCGGAGCCCCAUGUGACGACUUCGGCCGCAGCCCCUUCGUCCCCCAAAUCGACAUCGACGUCUUCGGAUUCAUCGUCUUCGUCAAGCGGCGAAGACGUCGAGGGGCAUGGGUCUGGUCUCCAGAAGCAAACCAUUGCCCCUGAUGUAGGCAACAUUGGUGCCGUCGGCGAGGGCGGUCAGCUUCCACCCGCCAGGUCCUCCAUUCGAAGGCCCGCAACGUCCACUUCGACGGAGAGCAGCAGCUAUCACGUGAGCACCUCCGACCUUAUUGAGGUGGCUGCUGUUCUCGGGAUGCCGGAGGCAAAGCUGAUCGGGGGUAAUAUCGUUGGUACCCUCCGAUUCUCCAGCAGCGAGCGGGAGAGGAGGUUCCUCACUGAAGCUGGCUCCUCUUUCGGCUUUCCCCUCAUGGAGAAGCGCUUGAUGGCCACCGGGGCGAGCCAGAUCUUGCAGGAUGUCGAAGACCUCUCCCUAAAGGCCUUCGUCGCUUCUCGCUGCGCCUCCCGCCAAUUGAGGAUUGACAACGAGCGGGCUUCGCGAUUGGUGGAAAUGGAGGAGCGUGUGGCCUCCUUGGAAAAAGAUAAAGCAGCUCUCGAGGAAGCCCUCGUCGCCGCGCGCUCCGAAGCGAAGAGCAACACAGAGGCAGCCGAGGCCGCUCGCCGGGACGCGCUCGCCGCGGAGGAGGCCAAGGCCAAUGCCGAAAAAGCCAAGACUGAAGCUGAAGAGGCUCGGAAAGCUGCCGAAGACCAGCGUGCCGGCGGGAAAGAUGUAGUCUAGCGAUGGCGCACCGCUAUCAGCUCUUUCGCAGAUUUGGUGCAAACUGAUAUGCACGGUCUGCUCGGGAAGUUCGCUCUUGACCCCUCGGAGAUAUCACAAGAGGAAAAUGUCGAAGUGGCAGAGCUCUUCCGCUGGAUCCGUGCCUCCUUGGCGAUGGCCCGAUCUGGCACGGACUUCAAGUGCGAGCUGUCCGCUACGGUUGCGGCGCGUACUCUUAGUGCCGCCGUCUGCCGUUUGCUUCCGGCGGAGAGCAGCAGUUCUUCGUCGGGCAUUGUGAAGGCUCAGCUGCGGCUUCUUCAGGACGCGUCCUUUGAGUGGCCUUCGCUAGACUCCUUGCUCCCCGAGUCCCUCCCUACUUUGCCGAAGAACAUCGCCAAGAACUUCGCGAAGUACUUCCAUGAGAAGGGGCAGGGACUCGUUGAUUUGGAACUGGAGCGCAUGAAAGAUCAGAUUCAAGAGAAGGCCGAAAUCUUCACUAGAGGGUUCCUUGGCGAAGCUGAAGCCGGCAACUUGCGAAGCGGCGCUCACAUCAGCAACGAAGGCGGAGCCCCUGGUCAAGGCGAAUGCGAGAUUCUCGGGCAAGACAAAGGCAGAACUGGCGAAGGUCAAGAGGACGGCGAGCCGAAGACUGGCGAGGUGUGAGGGGCGAAGGUCGAGCGAUCUUGUUAUUUGAGACUAUUGUACUUAAGACGAAUAUAUUAUUGUAGCGAUCUUGUUAUUUGAGACUAUUGUACUUAAGACGAAUAUAUUAUUGUAACUAACGCCUUCGGUAUCUGCGCAGGACCCUGCGCUGGCCCCUGCGCAGAUCACCGAAGGUACUGUACCCUGGCGACUGAACCGCGGGAAUUUUUAUGUUUCUGGUUUAACUUGGGAAAAGAUCCAGACUCGCCAUCCUUGGCUUUCAUUCGAA